AUGCCAAGAAAGUGUUGUGUACUCGGUUGUAGAAGUAAUUAUGAUGGUACAUCUGAAAAAGUGAGCGUUUUCCAAUUUCCCAUUGAUAAGGAUUUGAAAGACAAAUGGCUGGAAGCAAUUAAUCGCAAGGAUUAUGUGCCUUCUAAAUAUGCUGGUGUAUGUCAAAAGCAUUUUAUUGAAGACGAAGUAGUAAGAAGCUGUGAUAGAUUAGAUUUGAAAACUGGAAAAAUAAUUAGGUAUGACGGUGAAGGCAGAUUUAGGAUAACACUGGAAGCAGGUGCUAUACCAAAAUUAACUAGUGUUGAUCUUGGUAGAGCUCUCAGCUCUUUUAAAUCAACUACAAGCAAAACCUUACAAAAAUCAAAAGCGACAAAACGUAAAAGAAAGUCAAUGGAACAUGAAUCAUCUUCUGACGAGGACAUUCCCCUAGGCGAACUAAGAAGUCAAUAUUUAAAUAUUAAAACAGAAGAUCACAUUGAAUUUGAUAAUAGUGAUUCUAAUGUGGAUAUGAAAUCAAAUAUUAAACUCUUAAAACAACGAUUUCUUGACCUACUAGACCAAUAUGAAAAGCUAAAGCACAAACAUGUAGAGUUGGGUCAGGAAAUUGAAGCUUUGGAAAAGACUAAUAUUGAACUUAAGUGUAGGAUUUUUUAA